GGGUUGGACAAUUAUUAAUGCCCCCCCAUUUGUUGGCUAGUAGUUAGUAACUAUUAGUUAACUAGUUAUUAGUUAGGUAUGUUUUUUCUUCACCCUCUAACCCCCCGUCAGAAUCUGUAGUUUUGCUGCAGGCCUCUUCUUCUGCGACCGUCAGCAGGCCUGUCCUGUUACUUUGUAUAUGUACAGUAAAGUACUGUACAUUUACUUAGAAAGAGAAAGGUGCGUUGAGUGUGAUUCUGGUUCUUGUUUCGUUGUUGUGUUACAGCGUAUGUUCCAAGGUUUUUCGUAGUAGUUAGUAGUUAUUCAUUCUUGUUGUCCAACAGACGGUGUCAAACAAUCGACUUCACACCCGGCAUAAAUCGUAGGCCCGCCAGAUGAAGGGAUCUCUUCACAAGUCAAGUCAGUAGUCAUCUUUCUCGUCGAGGACAUCGAUAACAAAGCAUCGAUCGUGGGAGAUCCAACUCUGGUCUGCUGUUCCCAUAACUUUAACAACUAUUUCAGUUAUAGUUACUCUAUAACUAGUUACUUAACUACAUUACGCUGCUUAUCCUCAAUAAAUAAUGAAACACAAUGUUCCAACUCCGAAAAUAGCAGCAAAUUGCUCCCAAAGGAGGGGGGGGGGGGGAAGCGGGAGAAAAGAAAGAAAGCAAAGAGAAAAAAAUAAAAAAUAAAAGAAAAGUUUCCCACCGCGAAAAGAUCACCAAACCCAAUAACCUGACAACACAAACCUCUUUUUCCUUUUUUUCCUGCUCUUCUUCUUUUGGGGCGCGUAACCGAGCCCCUUCUACGGACUUCCAUUCGCUCGUCUUCUGGAUGCAAAAGUGCCAGCCCUUUCGCACCAAGAAGUGACAGAAACACUGCUCCCGCCAAUGGAAAUGUCCCGUCCGGCGCUCGAAUGUGAUGUCUCUGCAGACGCCCGCAUCCCUGUCGCCGAACCACCACCCUUAGGUGAAAGAUGAGCAAAAGAGAGAGAGGGUUGAGCCAGUCGGCGGCGAGCAUCUUGAGUUGUAGGAGCGUGGUGAUUGGAGCAUUCUCGCUGUCGGUCGAUGCGGGUCGGUCUCCCCCCUCGCGGCCGCUAAAAAUCCCGCUAAAUCCUCAAUUUUCGCAAGGAUAAUUCUAUUCUUAACCUUCGUCCCCCCCUCCCCCAAUAUUCCCCCCCAAUAUCCCCUUCCGAAUCAGCGCCAUCACAUCACUCAACGCCCGUGUUGCAACUGGCAAGUGGGCUGGCUGGGGGGGGGGCCCGGCCGUCCCCUUCCUGUCGUCCAGAUAAUGCACCUAAAUUGUUUUAACCUGCGCCGGCUAGAGGUACCUCCAGCCUGUAGGAGUCGAGAGUGACUUUCUUCACAGUGAUGCACCCGGUAACUAGUUACACUAGUUACAAAUGUAUGUCGGGUGGUGAGGUCACUCCGUCAACUCGCUUCCCGCCAUGCUUUUGCUCAGUCACAUCCAUGGGCCCCCCCCUUACGACCAGAAACCUCCGGGCGAAACGUGCAGAUGGGGGGGUUAGGGAAACAUUUUGUCCUUGGGGUUGGGGGUAUUCCGGGUACGGUACGGUAGGUAUGUUGGAAGUACCGAUGUUUUUCCCCCCCAGCACAUAAGCUUUGUUUGUUAUGGAAGUGGUACAAGUAACUAUAUACAUACACCCAGCCGUUCCCGAGUCGCCCCCGCCGCCGUUCCAUCCAUCCCCCCCCCCUUCGCACACAGCGUUAAUUCCCAAACACCAAGUCUACAUAUAUCUCGAAGCGCCCACCUACCCGCUCGCCCUAGAAAGUCCUUCCCCCCUUGAUGUGAUCUUGUUUUUCCUGCUCUGAUAUACCCGUUUCUCCUUUUGUUUCAUUAUAUAUUGUUCUCAUAUUAUUAUAUCACUCAAGGCCAGAAGGCGCUUUGAUAGUCGUCCUUCCUUCUGUUCUAAACUGUUAGAAAAAGCGUAACACCGGCAACGGUCCAUCUCCUUUUUAUAUGCUACUUUCCUAUUAAAUAUCAUUUUUCCUUGUCUUACCACUAAUCCCACAACUGGGUUAUAUCAUAUUUCGUGGGUCCUUUAUUAUAAUUCCCUUUCCAGUUAUGGAGGCUCCAAUUGUAUUUCAGCAACGGCGGUCGCUAGGUGUACAAAUGCUACAGAAGCCGAUGGCGAACCACAUGUCAUUUCUCUCCACGAGAUCCUACAAUUCUCGACCGCUAUCGGAGGCGACUGAGAUAUUUGACACCGAUUAUGAAGCAGAGUACUCUCCAAUAGAUAACUCUCCCCGAAGAAGUGUCGAAUCUUUUGGUAAUGAUAGUGCCACAACUUUAUCAACUGAGGAUGAAGCUCCGACUCCAGAUGAAUCGGAUCAGGGGUCCUUUAAUUUCCAAUUUGAUAAAAGCAAACCCGUGCAAGGGCCAUCGGGACCUCACCUAUUCCGAGCUUCGUUGGAUUCGCAAUUUUUUGAGAAAUCGGAAGAUUUGGAAUUGUACUUUUCUCUUUCGCCUCUAGCACCACACCGAAGCUCGAGACUGCUGGCACACUCGCCAAAGAGAGCCAGUCCAACGUCGCCGGAACAGUUUCCUUAUUUUGAACGAUCACGAUCCUCAAGUCUCCCAGAUAUCGCUCCCGUUGCUGGCUUCGACGAUGUGCGGUCCUGGACACCUACGCAAGUUGCAGAAUGGAUGUACGAAUCUGGAUUCGAGGAUGCUAUUGUCGAGCGAUUCAUCCGGAAUGAUAUCUCGGGCUCUGUCCUCCUUGAUCUCCAGAUGGAAGAUCUGAAGGAGCUUGACAUUAGCUCCUUUGGUAUACGGCAUCGGUUGAUCAAUCUGAUACAGGGCUUCCGUACCGAACCGACGAAUGCUCCUCUAGCGCCGGCAGCAGCUCCUGAUCGGACCGGCUCUUCCCAAAGGCUGAGCAGGAGUACGUCUGUGAGAAGAGACAAUAAUAGCCCGGAAUGUUUCUCCACUGACUCUGAGGCUCCAACUCGCGGUUCAUCCCGUCGAUGGGGUCGCACCAAUCGUGGCUUUGCGGAUGGCGAUAUAAUCUCUCCAGCUGAGUCUGUUUCUAUCGUGGCUAUCGAGCAGCUCCUACCGAAACUGCACGCGUGCUCCAAAGGCGAGAAUUGCAGCAGAUUCCAGAAGCAACAACGAAAGCUAGCACGCAUUGCGACUGAGUUCCCCGAUCAGUUCACCAGGAUUGACGGCACCAUUAUUCCGAAUACUGGGAAGGAAUCUGUCACCGGAAGCGUUGUGCGUCCUAAAUCAGAUGCAGCUCCCUCCGUUGUCGCGUCUUCUGAUGUUCUCGGCCCCGGUCAACUGCCUGAGUUCCAACUCAACGCUGAGAAUCUUAAUGGAGUACAACCCAGAGAUCCUCAGGAGAAUGUUCGACAAUUCCUCAGUUUCCAACAUGUAAACAAUUCCACAUAUCAUGAGCCCAAUCCACGGAUGGAAAUAUUCCCGACCCUCUCCCCACCUGAAUCUUCCCAGCCAGCCCUCCACAUGGCCAACAACCUUCGCAACCUUCCAAAGCUCAUGAUACCAGACGAUAAUGGCUCCGAUGGCAUUCUUUCAGGCGGUCAACGUACCGUUACUCCUUCAAUGGGUUCAAGGCUGGCAGGCUCGGCCACAGCAACUCAGGAAUAUAACCCUUACCAAUAUCCACUAGAUAUGUCUCGCCAAACAAACACACCAUUUUCAGAAAUGGACGUCCCUCUCACUGCUUUCCCCAUCGAGCCUCUUGAUCGGGAAGCAUCGCAAUCAGUCCCACCUAAUAUGGUCUAUGGCAACCACUUGCGCCCGCCAGUAGACCCAAUCUCUCGCUCAUCGUCGGCUAAGCCUGACAACCAUCGACGACGCCCUUCUUUCGCCACAAUGGCUCCUGUAGAUGAACUCCAGGCAAUGCAACCCAUCGACAGCCCAGAAGACCUCCCCAAUACUCCUCGCCCAAACCAUACCACAGAUAACCACUUCAGACCUUCCCAUUUCGCUGGAAUCUCCCCGUCGGCUCAGUCCCACAAGUCCGAUCCAGACGUCUCCCACAGCGGCUGGAUGAAGAAGCGCAAAACCCGUCUCCUCCGCCACGAGUGGCAAGACGCCCACUUCACCCUCCGCGGCACCGUCCUCGCCAUGCACAAGGACGAGCGCGAUGCCCAACGCCGCUCGCGAGCCCUGGAGUUCAUCGACGUUGACGACUACGCCGUCGCCUGCUCCUCGCUGGCGACGAACUCGAAACUCACCGCCGCCUUCAAACGCUCCGUGCUCCGCAAAGCCGCCAACCUACCCAUGAACAGCGACGAAACCGCCUUUGCAUUCUCGCUCAUCCCUGCCAAUGACGCUACUGUGGAGCGAAAACACCUCUUCACAAGCCAGGGCAAGAGCCACCACUUCGCAGUGAAGACGCGCGAUGAGAGGAUUAACUGGAUGCGGGAGCUGAUGUUGGCCAAGGCGCUGAAGAAGGGUAGAGAGGAAGGGGGCGAGCUCACGAUCAACGGCCGAAAUGUCAUAUAAAUAGGAUCUCAAUAGGAUCUCACCUCUCUUACCAUGUUUUAUGUAUCCCUUUCCAAACCCGUGAUUCAAGACGCUUUCCCUCAUCUCUCUUCUCUUCAUGUCGGUUUUUUUU